UCACACGAUGCGGGUCACAUGACGUGGGUCACAUGAUGCGGGUCACACGAUGCGGGUCACAUGACGUGGGUCACACGACGUGGGUCAUGUUGGAGUAGAAAAUGUAUCAACAGCUGUCUCUCCCAUCUGUCUAUGGGGGAUAAUCUAAUCCUGUGUGGGGUCAUGUGGAAAGGUCACAAACCGAUGACUUGAGGUGAUGGACCAACUGGAAAGGUCACUAUGAUGUUGGGGGGUUGCAGAAUAAACAAAGCCUUCAAGGGUCUCCUAUUACUUAUCGAGGGGGAACAGAUUCCUCUGGAAUGUGCACGUCUCGGCGAUGUGUAUAAGAAGAGACGAGUCGACGAAGAAGGCAGCAUUAAGUCGGAGACUUCUCAUAAGGAGGGUUCAGACUUUGCUCCACUCAGCUGGGUGUUUCCAUGACUUGUUUGAUGUGAUUACUUAUGUGUUCCAUGACUUAUUUGUCUAGUUGAAUCACUUGUCCACUUGUUUGUACCUGGCUCACAUUCUGAUCAUUUGUGAACUUGUUACUAUAUAAUAAAGUGUGAUAAGACCACCGUGCUUAGAAUACUUUUGAUUUCUCACAAGGCAUCGGAACAUUUAUUCCACCACAAAUUGGCGACGAGGAUGGGAUGGACGCGCAGCGCUGGACUCCGACGGACGGUCAGAAGGCCAUAAGAUAGAUGAUUCCUCCCCGAGGGUGAGAAGCUGCCGUUCUGCGGAGACCAGGACUGCCGAUCCAACCCAGUUGAAGUAACAACGAAAAACACGCGGUACUGAGGAAAUCAUUGGAUCCAGAACUGGACUCCGCCCCCCCCCCUGCUCCUCCAGCCUACGUGCAGCAGCCCUCCCAGUCAAAUGCAGCACACGUUUCAGCAGACAUGGGAAGAGGACAGCAGCCGGACUCAAGCACCGAGACGACCUCCUCACCGGCCGUGACCCGCCUACAGUCUCAACAAAGGGGGGCCAUGUUGCAGGAAGAGAGGGAGGCUACAGCUCUCAGGCCAAUGAUAGAAGUGGCGGGAGCAGAAGGCCCGAUGCUGGUUUUCAGACCCUGGUCAGAUGCAGAUAGAAGUGAAGCAAUGAUUCAUGUCUGCAAUCCUAAAAGCAAUCUCACGAGAUGGGAGACUGAUCUUAGGCAAUUUGUCAGAGAAUAUCGUCCCACUAUGUCAGAGUUACGGCGUUUGAUGGCCAAGGUGCUGACAAAUGAUUAUCACAAAAUUCAGCAUGUUUUCAACAAUGCAAGAAUGACUUUCCGCCUGAGUGAGCCACUCUACGAGGAUGCCAAAAAUGUGAACUUUCGAGAUGCGGUUGAUGUCCUCAUUAACACCGUAAAAGAACAGUUCCCUUUGAGACUAAACUUGUCCUAUAUUACCUCUUUGUCACAAGGGCCACAAGAGACUUGCAGUUCCUUCCUGGCACGUCUGACAGGAGCCUUUGACACUCAUAGUGGCCUCAACCGACCCAAUCCAAUGGGAGCACAGCCCCUGACACCAUAUGAGGUCCAUCUGAAAGAACAUUUUCUGAGCAGAAGGAGACCAGAACUCGUACACAUGGUAAGAAAUGCAUGUGUAACUUGGAAAACAUGCCCACUUGCCGACAUCCUUCAGCACGCAGAACAUGCAGAAGACGGGGCACAAAGAAGAGAUGAUCAGAAGAAAGAGGGCAGACAAAGGAAACUGGAAGAAGCACAGCUGGCAAUGUUUAACACCCGAGCAGAGCCAGCCCAGGAAACCGCCCGUGGCAGAUUUGGGGGAGGAAGGGGCCAGACAAGAGGUCAUACCAGAGGUCAGGGAAGACAAAGAGGUGGGGGCAAGCGCAGAACAAGUAGAGAUUACAACCCAGACGUCUGCCAUUGCUGCGGGAAGCGUGGACACUGGCAAGCUGAUUGUCCAGAGAACACAAGGACAGGGCCUGCAUUCCGCACGUCUGACUGAAAGGAGGGGAGGGAGGGGCGGACCCCAGAGAUGGACAGCCUCUCCACAGGAAAGCAGGUAGCACACAACACUUCACAUGCACAAAAUUUCACAAUGUAUGCCAACAACCCAGGCUUUAAGAAAUUCCCACAAUUAACAUUGAUGAUUUCUAACCACCCUGUAACAUUCUUAGUUGAUUCAGGAGCUACAAACUCCGUGUUAAGAACAGAUUCCUUGCCAAGUGCCCCCAAAAAGAGUGGCAGGAAGAGUUACAGUGGGAGCGAGGGCGUACCAGUCUUGGAAAGUUGCUCAGUUCCAU